UUAGACGCGUCAAUAUGUCGAUAAUGAGCUAUAACGGUGGGGCGGUGGUUGCGAUGACCGGAGAGAAGUGUGUUGCGAUCGCCAGCGAUCUGAGGUUCGGAUCUCAACUAUCAACAAUCGCUUGUGACUUCCCGAAAGUGUUUGAGAUGAACCCCCACCUCUGGAUUGGACUCCCCGGCCUAGCUACAGAUCUUCAAACUGUUAAACAAAAAAUUGAAUUUAGAAGGUGUGUAGGGUGUAUGACUGAACCAGUUGAUUUUGUAACUGGUGGUACCCCUGAGGAGCAGUUGAUGGGUAUGUGUGAGACCCUGUGGGAGCCAAACAUGUCACCUGACGAUCUUUUUGAGUGCACUUCCCAGGCGUUGAUGAAUGCAUUUGACCGUGACGGAAUAUCAGGUUGGGGAGCUGUCGUUCAUAUCAUCGAGAAAGACAAGGUGACCACCCGUACCCUCAAGACAAGAAUGGAUUAAACGAUCAACCAACUCUUCAAUCUUGGAACCAAUCGAACCAAACAUUUAACUUUUAAUAUUUCUAUAACUUACAUUUUCCCCAACCUCCCAAGUCCUGUUAUAUUUUGACAAGUCCUCUCUAAACUCCUCCCCGCUAUUCCUCGUGAAAAUAUCGUGAUAUUUCCAGA